CGUAAUGCACGAGAAAAUAGGAUAUACACAAUCACAAGAGGAGAAGUCAUCUUCUAUUUACAUUUCACAAUAGAUUUUUACAUGUUCAGUUCCUGAUUGUUGGGAAAAGAGAUCAGCCAUAGCUUCAAAAUGUCUAUGGACAAACAUUUAUUCAACCUUAAGUUUGCAGCCAAGGAUCUUGAAAGGAAUGCCAAAAAAUGUGAAAAGUCAGAAAAAGAGGAGAAAAACAAAUGUAAAAAGGCUAUGCAAAAAGGUAAUGCAGAAGGAGCAAAGAUUCAUGCAGAAAAUGCCAUCAGACAGAAAAACCAGGCUUUGAAUUAUCGUAAAAUGAGUGCCAGGAUAGACGCAGUGGCAGCCAGGGUACAGACCGCCGUCACGACAAAACAGGUGACUGGAUCUAUGGCAGGAGUAGUCAAGUCCAUGGAGUCAGCCAUGAAGUCUAUGAAUCUUGAAAAGGUAUCCAAUCUUAUGGACAAGUUUGAGCAGCAGUUUGAGAAUCUUGAUGUACAGACCCAGGUGAUGGACGCCACGAUGAGCAAUGCUUCAACUCUGUCAGCUCCCCAGGGGGAGGUGGACAAUCUAAUGCAGCAAGUAGCCGAUGAGGCAGGAUUGGAAUUAAAUCUAGAUCUACCAUCAGCACAAGCCACCUCCUUAUCAAGCACAGCUCAGGCCUCCACAGAACAAGAUGAGCUUUCACAGAGACUGGCAAAGCUGCGACAGUUGUAGAAUAAAUUGUUGACAAGAGCAGUGAGAGAAAGCUGUAAACUGUGAUUACAAGGGCUUCAAACUAGACAUAAUUGUACACCAUAAGGAUUAAUUCUAAAUACUGGCUGAUCAUAGCCAAUAUCCCCUUUUCUUCAUACACAGAUAAACUUUUAAAUAGCACUGUUUGUAAAACCAAAAACCAAAAUAGAUUCCUCCAAAUAGGGAAGAACUUGUUUUGUGAGAUUGAGACACAAUUAUAGUGUUUCAUUUUAUUUGGUUAACUUCUUCCUACAAGUAAGUUGAUUAAUAUGGUACAUUGUAUGUGCAUAUGGUAUUUGCCAUUAGACCAUCAAGCUAUUUAUAAGAUUGUUAUUUUAACCGCAAAAAGAUGCAGUAAAUGUGUAUCAAGUGGAUCAAGUUCCUGUAACUUUUUCUGUGGUUUUUCCUGAGAGGCAAUUAAUUGUUUUUGUUUUUUAACUGUAUAUUGAAUUUAUGUCUUGUGUAGUUGCUGUAGAACAUUUUAUUGUCGUAGUAUUUUCAGAUUUUGUGAAUUUUAUGUUUGUUUGAAAUGUAGACAUAUUCAUCCAUGUAUAUUUGAGGAGAUAUGUAUAUUUAUGAUAUUGUCGAAAUUAAUUCUGAAU